CCGUCAGUUUUUCGUAUGAUAAUUUUUAAGUAUAUAAUAAUUUUCUCCUAAAAUAGAUGAAUAUUGUUAAAAAUAAAAACAUAAUUAAUAAAUAAAAUAAAGUGAAAUAAAAUGUUUAACUAAUUUUGUUUUUCGUAUAGUAAAAUUUUUCUUGCAAAUUUUAUUUUAAAAAUACAUACCUAAGUUUUUAUUUUUUCUUUUUGCCCAAAGAAAAAACAUUUCGUGGUAGAAAAAAGUUUUAGGUUAAGAAUUAGCAACGGGCUUCACUAAGUUAUAUAUAUGUGGUGGAAUACCGAAGGAAAUAUGCAGCGUAACGCUGUUUCACAUCAACAAGCACAAAACGGAAAUAAUAUAUCUAUUAUAACUAAUGCGACUACUUCUUCAUCCUCUGUUUCCAACAACAAUCAAGCAAAUCAGAUGCAACCAAAAUCAACACCUAAAACUCUUGGUAUGACUUCAGCAAUAAGUUUGGCGGAGCCGAAAGCUGAAGAUUUACAUAAAACCAAAGAGUUACAUAAAACAUUAGAACCUUUUAAUGUUUUUGAAUCUGAAGAAGAAUUAAAUCACAGAAUGGCGAUUCUGGCUAAAUUGAAUACAUUAGUAAAACAAUGGGUUCGUGAUGUAUCCAUAUCAAAGAACAUGCCACCACAGGCGGCCGAAAAAUUGGGAGGGAAAAUAUAUACAUUUGGAUCUUAUCGGUUGGGGGUACAUCAUAAAGGUGCAGAUAUUGACGCAUUGUGUGUUGCUCCUAGAAAUAUUCAGCGUUCAGAUUAUUUUACAACAUUUUUUGAACUUCUCAAAAAACAGGCAGAAGUUAAGGAAUGUAGAGCUGUUGAGGAAGCGUUCGUUCCGGUUAUCAAAAUGAAUUUUGAUGGAAUUGAAAUUGAUUUAUUAUUUGCAAGAUUAUCGUUAAAGGAAAUUCCGGAUGAUUUCGAUUUAAAAGACGACACCAUACUAAAAAAUUUGGACCCUCGUUCUGUUAGAAGUUUAAAUGGAUGUCGCGUGACGGACGAAAUUUUGAGUUUGGUUCCGAACAUUGAAAAUUUUCGGCUUGCAUUAAGAGCUAUUAAGUUGUGGGCGAAAAAACAUGGGAUAUAUUCAAAUUCUUUGGGUUACUUUGGCGGUGUUACUUGGGCUAUGCUAGUUGCUAGGACAUGUCAACUUUAUCCAAAUGCUGUUGCAGCAACUUUAGUUCAUAAAUUCUUUUUAGUAUUUUCUAGGUGGAAGUGGCCACAUCCAGUUCUACUUAAGCAUCCUGAAAAUAUUAAUCUUGGUUUUCCAGUAUGGGAUCCUCGAGUGAACGUUUCUGAUAGAUAUCAUUUAAUGCCAAUAAUAACUCCAGCAUAUCCGCAGCAAAAUUCAACGUUUAAUGUGUCAGAAUCUACUAAGAAAGUUAUUUUGAGUGAGUUCAACAGAGGUAUGCUUACAACCGACGAAAUAAUGCUUGGAAGAGCGACAUGGGAACGCCUUUUCGAAGCACCAAGUUUCUUUUACAGAUAUCGACAUUUUAUUGUUCUAUUAGUUAGUUCAGAUAAUCCUGAUGAUCACCUUGAAUGGUGUGGUUUAGUUGAAUCUAAAAUUCGUUUAUUAAUCGGACAGUUAGAAAGAAAUCCAUAUAUUUCAUUAGCUCAUGUUAAUCCAAAAUGUUUUGAACUAGAUCGACAGAAAAUUAUACUUAAUCAUAGUAAUAACACAAGUAGUGAAGAUCCGAGUAAACCUGGGGAGAAUAAAGUUCCAUCACAUUGCUCUCUAUGGUUCAUAGGACUAGAUUUUCAAAAAACGGAAAAUUUAAACGUUGAUUUGACAGAAAGUAUUCAACAUUUUACAGCACAUGUAGAGUCGCAUGCGGUCAACAUAAAAAUGUUAAAAGAUGGAAUGACAAUUGAAGCAAGACCGGUUAAACGAAAACAAUUGAAUCAAUAUUUAGACACAGAACUGUUAAAGAGAGAAAGGCGGUCAAUGGAAAAUCACAAUAAUUUUAAUAAUGCAAUAUUAGCUAAUAAAAAACGUCUUUCUUCAGAAUUGGAUAAACAACAAAAUCAACAACAACAAUUGCAGCGUAAACGGAGUAGAGCAAGCGAAUCCGCUGAAGAAAACUCGAAUGCAUCAUCUAAUAACGAGGCUUCUACACCUGCCACAACACCGACAACAAUUCCAACUGUGCAACCAGCUUUUUCAAGUUCUGAAUCAUCUGAUGUUACAUCUUCAAGUAAUCCUUCAAAACAAUCUUCAGUAGAACAACAAAAAACAUCACUGAAUGCUACAAAUUCGAGUGGAGCAGCAGCUACAGCUGAAGUUGCCUGUUCGUGAUAUAAAAUUAAUAGAAAUGUAAAUAAAAAUGGAGCUAUAUUGACGACCGUUACUUGGUAACUGAUUAGAAAAAAAGCAUAUAAAAUACAAAUGUUUAGACUGGUCGACCUACCCUAAAACCAAACUGACGGCAACGAAAAUCACAUUCAUUAUUUUAAACUUCAUUCUUUUGGGUAGGAAACAAAAACUAAAAAAAAAAAAACUCAAAAAAAAAAAAAAAUAAAAA